CCACCUCGGGAGGUGGGAGGAAGAAGAGAAAGAGAAAGCUGUGGGUCAGGAGAGGCGGAUAGAACCUCCAGCGCAGGGGCAGUCUACCUCUUGACAGCAGAUGCCUGAAGGAAUUCCUCUCCCGACUCCAUUCAGCAGACGAGCCCAAACAGGGAGGCAUGUGGAACUCCAGUGGCAAGCCUUAGAAAGGUACCCUUGGGCCUCCCAGCCCAUCCUCUCCACGGUCAGUCCCAGCCAGAGUCAGAGCCAUUCAUUCAAUGGGAUUGGUGUAUAGGUGCUGACUUACCAUUCACGAGUGGAUUCACUCCCGACUGGACGUUACUAGGAAACGACCUCGAGGAUGCCCACGAAGAGAGCUGCCUGAAAGAGGGUGAUCGAGGGCUACUGUCGAUGCCAGAGUUUCUUGGCCCAAAACAUUUAUACAGCGUGGCGAGCCAGGAUGAUGCCUUCCGUGGUGGUUGAUGUCUGAAGUUUGCCUUAAUGAAUACACCUUUCAGACCCCUCCCCUUUUUGCUCAGGCAUCCGUCUAUCUAUGGGCUGUCCCGGAUCACCGACAGCUUGUUCAUCAGUAAUGGGGAGGCCGCCAAUAAUAAGUUCUUCCUCUAUGCCAACCAAAUCACCACGGUAAUCAACGUUUCCGUGGAGGUGAUUAACACUUAUUUCCCGGACAUUUACUACAUUCACGUCCCCAUCACGGACUGCCCCGCUUCCUGCCUUUACGACUUCUUCGAUCCCGUAGCUGAUAAGAUCCAUGCCGUCGAGGCGAACCAAGGCCGGACGCUGGUGCACUGCGCGGCAGGCAUCAGCCGAUCGGCCGCCCUGUGCAUCGCUUAUCUGAUGAAGUAUCACUCCCUAUCCCUGGCGAACGCUCAUGCCUGGGUCAAAUCCUGCCGCCCCAUCAUCCGGCCGAACAAUGGCUUCUGGCGUCAGCUGAUCCAGUACGAGCACAAACUCUUUGGGAAGACCAGCGUCCAAAUGGUCCAGUCUCCGCUGGGGGUGAUCCCGGACCUCUACGAAAAUGAACUCAGAUUAAUGAUCGCCUUGUGACAACCACUGUACGCAGCUCCCCUGGCAGAGGAGGGUGGACCGGAACAACACGAACACCGGCGCUAUCUUUGCUAAGCUGGAGAUGCGUCUGACUCCAGACUAGCCGCUGUACAGGGGGGAAAAAAAGGAUCAGUUGAUCAGGGGUGGCUCUCUGUGUGGGUUCUUUUUUUUUCUAUAAAUAAAA